AGGAGAGCUAGUGCAACAAGACCAGUUACAGAGGAAAGCAAGCGAACGAGCUGUUGGGGUCUGAUGUUGCAAUAUUCAUACAAGGAGAAUAUUGCUUUUGUGAAGUGACACACACCCCUGUUAUUUUAAUAUUUUUAAAUACUUUACGUGGUUGUUGAUAAAUAACAGCUCGUUUGCACUUCUACUGUUUAUACGCUGUUAAAGAGACAGAAAUACACAAAAAAGCGAGGAUGUUGGUCCCCGCGGGAAGAUAAUGAAGAGGCUGCGCGUUUUGUUGGUGUGCCUCAUUGUAGCUCUCCUGUGCUGGUACCCCGGUCAUUAUGUCCAUUGUUCAGCACAGAGCGCCUCUGGCCCAGUACUCUCUGCACAGGAUGGAGGCCCCCAGGCAACGGAGCAGAAGGAGGAAGUCGCUUACGACAAGGUGGAAGAGUCAGGGGGGACGGACAGUCAGUCAUCGGACGACGUGGGGCUGGAGUCCGAGAGUGCAUCACUAGAGGACCAGCCCACAGGAGACGCCUUGAAGGAGGACGAGCACGAGCAGACUGUGAAUCCAGAGGAGCAGCCUGUGGUGGAGCAGCAACAGGAAGUGGAGGAGGUGGUGCUGAUGGUGGAGGAGGUGCGGUCUGAGCCAGAGCAGCCCGUCACUGAGCCAGAACCAGCCACGGACCCCCAGCAGGCCCAGGACACUCUAGCGGCCUCCCACAUGCAUCAGCCCGAGCCAGAGGUACACGCCGAACUGCCCCCCCCAACCUCUACGGACCAGGCCUCGGCCUCCACCUCCACCUCCACCACUACUACAACCUCUACUGCUGCUGCCCCUAAAGACCCCGAGCCCCAGGCGGAGCCUCACAGCGACGCCCCAGCGACCCCCGAGCCCGCUGCCGAAGUCCCAGGCGGAGCACCUACCUCAGUCCCCUCGCCCGACGCCCCAUCCAGUGCACUAGAGGUUCCCAGUGCUGCUUUCCCCAUAGAGAGCUCUAGUGCCAGUGAGUGUGUGGUGGGUAUCCCGCCCACCGGGGUACCCUCCUCCAGCGAACCCCUUGACUUUGGCAGCACACUCACAAGUGAUGUGGAGAAUAUGUCCAUCACGCUGGGUCGGGGGACAGGGACCAACGCUGACCUCCCUCCCCCUCUGGAUCUCGUCGUGGCAGAUCCUGACCAGAGCGGAAACGCAUCUCUGAAACCAGAGGAGCCCCAGGUGGUAGAUUCCUCUGGCUCCAGGGAAACUGACCCUUCUGUGCCCAGCAAAGAGGACAUCCCCACGUUUGAUGAGUGGAAGAAGAAGGUGAUGGAGGUGGAGAAGGAGAAGAGUCAGUCCCUACACACCUCCUCCAACGGGAACCCCCACCCAGUGAAGAAGGUCCAGAAGAACUUCAAAAACAAUUACGCCUCCGUGGAGUGUGGGGCUAAAAUCCUGUCUGCCAACAGCGAGGCCAAGAGCACGUCGGCCAUCCUGAUGGAGAACAUGGACAUCUACAUGUUGAACCCCUGCAGUAACAAGAUCUGGUUUGUCAUUGAGCUCUGUGAGCCCAUCCAGGUGAAGCAGCUGGACAUUGCCAAUUUCGAGCUCUUCUCGUCCACACCUAAAGACUUCCUGGUGUCCAUCAGUGACCGGUACCCAACCAACAAGUGGAUCAAAUUGGGAACGUUCCACGCCCGUGACCAGCGCACUGUCCAGAGCUUCCCAUUGGACGAGCAGCUCUACGCUAAAUACGUCAAGAUGUUCAUCAAGUACAUGAAGGUGGAACUUCUCUCCCACUUUGGGUCAGAGCAUUUCUGUCCCCUCAGCCUGUUCAGAGUGUUCGGGACCAGCAUGGUGGAGGAGAUCGAUGAGGCCGAUUCCCAGUACCCCGCGGAGAGGCUGGAGUACCCGGACGAGGAAUUCGAUGACGUUCCUGGCUACAUCCCAUCUGAAGACAAAUCCUCAAAGAACCUGCUGGGAUCUGCAACAAAUGCCAUCCUGGACAUAGUGAAUAACAUAGCUGCCAACGUGCUGGGGGCAAAGCCAGAGCAGGAAGGAGGAGCGCACAUUGAAGGGGACGCGUCAUCCGGCGCUGACAACAUCACAGAAACGGCAUCUGAGAUUUCCGUCAGCCCCAAUCCAACCCCCACCACGCCCCCUGUGCUGGAGGUCUCCGAGGCGGAGCAAGCGGUUCCCAAGGACGACCAGGCCGUCCCGCUUCCCGAGACCCCCGCGGACUCUGCUCUCCCCGAGGGGGGUCAGAUCGUGACGCUGGUCCAGGACGAGGAGGAGGAGCAGUCAUCCCAGUCCACCGUCACGCUGCUGGAGGAGGAAGAGGAGGGGGCGGAGGAGGCGGGCGCGGCGCAGCGCGAGAGCCUGUUCUACUGCGCGCACCUCUCCACGCUCUCGUGCCUGGCCUCGCUGCAGGAGAAGCUCUGCCGCUGGUGCUCCGUCACCCUGGCCCUGCAGCGGCAGCGCAAGGACCGGCAGCACCGGGCAGCGGCACGCGGAGCGGCCAGCAAGGGGGGCAGUGGCGGUGGUGGGGAGUCUGCGGCCUCCUCGCACGUGGCGCCUCCCCCUGCCCAGCAGGCGGCCGUGCCGGCCCCGACCCCCACCCUCGCCCAGGAGCAGCCGCCGGGGCAGCCCGCGUCCGAGAGGCUCCCGCAGGCCGAGCCGGCGCAGGGCGAGAGGGCGAGCCCCACGGACGCCUCGGACUCGGGCGCCGGCCACCAGGGCGAGGCGGCGAGGGCCGCAGAGCGCCCGUCGGACCCCCCCAUCCUGCUUGAGCCCAGCCGCACGUCCACGCUGCCCCCCCACAGCUUCUCGGACGGCUCCCUGGCCAAGCCCACCCCCACGCAGGACAUCCCCGAACGGCCCACCGGCGAGCCCCAGGACCAGCAGCAGCAGCAGCGGCCGGGCUACCUGGAGCAGGUCCCCAAGACCCAGGCGGAGGGCCACCGGACCAGCAGCAGCCCCCCGCACCUCCACCCCACCCCCACGGCCACCUCCGCCGGACUCACGUCCACCCCAGAGGCCCUGAGCCCGGAGACGGACUCCCCCAGGCUGGACCCGCCCCUGGACAGCAGCUCCCAGCAGCCCCUGCAGCCGCUGCUGCCCACCCACACGCAGCCUGCGGACAUCAUCGCCCCUCCCACGGAGCUGCCCGCUCCCCCCCCGCCGGAGAGCGCAGACUCGGGCAGGCCCGGGGUCGAGGAGCUGCCCCACCACCGGCCCCUGAGCCCCGCGCCUCCUCCCCCCCAGCAGCAGGAGGUCCCGGAGGCGCCCGCGCCGCACGCCGACCACCGUGUGGAGGAGGCGGUGGAGGAGCUGCUCCUGAGCGUCCCCGUGGCGACCGGACACCACCGGACCGCCACCGACUUCUACGCCGAGCUGCAAAACACAGCCGACCUGCCGCACGGCAACGGCAACCUGGUGCACGGCUCCAACCAGAAGGAGUCGGUGUUCAUGCGGCUCAACAACCGCAUCAAGGCGCUGGAGAUGAACAUGUCGCUUAGCAGCAGGUACCUGGAGGAGCUCAGCCAGAGGUAUCGGAAACAGAUGGAGGAGAUGCAGAGAGCUUUCAAUAAGACCAUCAUCAAGCUGCAGAACACGUCGCGCAUCGCAGAGGAGCAGGACCAGAAACAGACGGAGUCCAUUCAUGUUCUGCAGAGCCAGCUGGAGAACGUCACUAAACUGAUGCUCAAUCUUUCUGCUACAGUAAUCCAGCUGCAGAGAGAGGUGUCGGACAGGCAGAGUUACCUGGUGGUGUCUCUGGUGCUGUGUCUGCUCCUGGGGCUGCUGCUCUGCAUGCAGUGCUGUCGAGGCUCCUCCAAUCACAGCAGCACCAGCACAGCUGUGCCCAUGACCAACCAUUACCCCAGCCCAAAGAGGUGUUUCUCCUCAUAUGACGACAUGAGCCUGAAGCGCAGAGUGUCCUCUCCUCUGGUGCGCUCCAAGUCCUUCCAGAUGACUGCCACAGAUGUAGGUCCUGAUGACUUGUACAUUGUAGAACCUCUAAGGUUUUCUCCAGAGAAAAAGAAAAAGCGCUGCAAGGUGAAGGCCAGCGAGAAGGCGGAGACCCUGAAAGCCUCGGCUAUCACGGCGGCGCCCGCACCCAUCUCUAACGGUGCGCCCAAGUGCAACGGCACCGGCGGCGGCCUCAGCGGCAGCUACCCUCACAGCCUGCACUUCCUGCCGUGCCCCGAAAUCGGUGAGCUCUCCACCUGCUCGUCCAGGGCCUGGUCCGAGGUGAGCUCGGAGGGCUCGUCCACCGUCUCGGACGAGCCGGCGUUCAGAGUGGAGCCGCGUUGCCGCGACAACGGGCAUCUGCCGACGCGCAGCAAGGCGGAGAAGAGGUCCUUCAAGCGCCGGCGCUCCAAGCAAGCUGACCAGCAACAGCAGCAGCAGCAGCAGCAGCGGCACAGCUGGAACGGUUACCGUGGCGACGAGGGCGACGAGCUGCUGCCCGUGCCCAUCCCAGUGUCCGGCGGCGCCCUGCCCAUACUGGAGGACCUCAUCAAGGGCAAGCAGGAGCUGGGGGUUGGCAUGGGCACCUUCAGGGUGCAGACUGUCACCGGACACGUUUGAGUCACAUACACACACACACACACACACAUAUACACGCAGCACAUCGUGCUCAAAUGAGCUGUGGCAGCGUCAAGCCCUGUCUUGAACACUUGUUGACCGUCACCUCGAGUACCGCGUGAAGUCACGGUGUGGGAGAGGAGGACGUUGUUUUCGUUCUCACCCAUGUCCUGAGAUUUUGAUUUAUACUCUCUCUUUCUUUUUCUCUCUCUCUCUCUCUCUCUCUCUCUCUCUCUCUCUCUCUCUCUCUCUCUCUCUCUC